AUAUUAAUUGCAGCUCUCAUAAUGUCGACAAAAAAACUGGUCUCAAAAGAAAUUAAAAGCUCCAAAGAUUUGGAAAAAAUCAAAAAAGAUUUGAAUAAAAUUAAGCAACCGUUUUUUAUCAAAGUCAUCAAGUUGGAUCGUAUUGAAUAUCCAGAGUUAAAUCUGCUGAUUAAUUUGAUGAAAAGAAAUCGACUGCAGGAAAUAAGUGUACGAGAAUGCUGUGAAACUGCGGAUGAUCUGGCAAGACUACUUCAGGCUAUUUCAAGCAACCCGUACGUUGACACAACGCCGUUGUCAUUGGAUAUCAGGGAAAAUCAAUGUGAUGGUAGAUGUGUCGAACUUCUCCGUGACAUGAUUGACCGAGGGAUUAUAGCAAGUUUGGAGCUUCCGUCGAAGCAGAAAGAAAAUCACAUUUUCACGUUAUUGCGUUCCAUUCGUUACUGCGAAAGUCAGAUGCAACUACUUAAUAUAAAUGACAAUGUUAUUGAUGAAAAAAGUUUUGAAUUACUGAUGAAUAUCUUGAUGGAAAAUAAAGUUCAGAAGAAACUUUACUUGAAAGAUUGUAGAAAACCCAAAGAGCAGUUUACUGAAGCAGACAAACAAUCGCUGCAACAAGCACAAUCUUCAAAGAAAUUAGCGAUCAAAUGGUUCAAGACUAAGCCUGCAGUGAACAGCUCACUCAUAGCAUAUCAGGAUGGAAAUAGAUUACUUAGAAGAGUGACUGAUAGAUUGUUGUCAUAUGUACCUGAAAGUCACCGGGAAGCCGCAAAACUUUCAAUUUCAAACCAAUUCCGUCCAAAAAAAAAACGCAACAAAAACAGAUAUCCAGUUUAUCAAGACGAUAUUUCGUCAAGUGAAGAUCAGUAUUGUUCGGAGGACGAAGAAAUGAUCGAUAAUUGUCCCACUGACAGUGAAGACAUGGAUACUUCAUCCGCCGUUGAUGCUUUAACAACGCCGAGAUUUGAAGAAGGGUACCCAAUAAAAAAUGACAUUGGAAAGAACAACAGCAGAAGAUGGCCAAUGAAUUACGGAGAAAUGUAUUAUACGCCCCUAGAUGAUCGUCAAGAAAAAACAUUUUCAAGAAAAUCCAGAGCUGGUAUUUUUACAAACAACCCAGUCUAUCCGAAUUCGAACCAAGGUGAACAAUAUACGAACCAGCAACUACACUCGUCGUCGAAAGUUCAAGAAGAACCGAAUGCUAGAUAUGUGCAUCAACAAUACUCUGAUUACAAUCAAAGCGAAGAGUACCGACGGAAUCAAUACGUUGCGAGAACAGAAUUUGAUGCGCAUGAAAGACAGUUUCCUGGAUAUCGUAUUUCAAGUGUUUCUCCCGACUACCGCCAGGAGAUGAGUCGUAUUCCACCUCCCACCGCAGACUACACUGUGCCCCCAACAGUUGCAUAUCCAUCAACUGACGGACCUGGUCCAAAACGAGGAACUCAUCGGAGGAGACAAACUAGAGAACGCCACCAUCCACUUGAGGAUGGACACAACAGAGGAAGACGGGAAACACUAAUGACAAUGAGAUUCGACGUUUCCAACAAUGACAAUGGAUGA